AUGAAGCCAGGCCAUCUUGCUUAUGGCUUUCCUUGGGAGUUGGUGAUGUGUACAGCUCUUAGAUUUUUUGCUAUUCUCUCACUUUUCUGGAGAAGUUUUCAGUCGGUUAGUAGCAGGCUUUACGUGGGAAGAGAAAAAAAGCUGGCUCUAAAUCUUGCUGGACUUAUUAAAGAAAACUGUGGACUUCUUGAAAAAGUUAGCCUUGUUCAAGAGGAGGCAACCUACGAAAAGCUGCAUAAGUCCAAAUCCAGCCAUGGGGUUGAAAUGCUUUUUCUAGAAGAAGAGCUAGAAGCACAGAAAGCUAAACAUGGUCAACAGGAUGAAACGAUGGCACAUAUAUCAAGAAGGAUACAGUCCCUGGAGGGGGAAGCUAAAUCCCUGAGAUCACAAAUAGCUGAAGCUAAAACAAACAUGAGACUCUUUUAAGUGAAUGGGGAAGGACUGAAGCUGGCAAUCAAAGAGGCUUUGAAUGAAAGUUCCCAACUUCAGCAAAGGAAGAGACCAACAAUACAAGGAGAAGCUGAAGCACAGAGGGAACAAGUAAUUGUCCAAUAUAAAGCAAAAAUCACAUUGGAGGACUCUAAAGUAGCUGCAGAACAAGUUCUAAGAAAUACAGAAAAUCACAUGGAGUCUUCAAGUGAAUGCUUACUGAAGAUGAAAGAUAGGUCUUCUCCAAGCAUGGGAGCCCAAAGGGAUGGUGUUCACCUGGCAUUGGGAAGGAUGAGUGAACCAGAAAUUGGUGCUCACUUGGAUGAUGAGUCCAAAGGAGCUUUGAGGAAACUGGUUUAUGUUGCUAAGCUAAAGGCCUCCUUAGAAACCUUGGAAGGAGAAAGAAAUAAAAAAUGUACUUUCUCAUCUGAAGUGGAGAAAACCACAGAAGACCUUACAGAACAUAUUAAAAAUCUUAAGACAAAAAAAGCAUCUUUUCAAGCAGAAAAUACACAGUUUGAAAGUGAGAAUCAGAAUUUUCAGCAAAAACUUAAAGUCAUGAUGGAACUAUAUCAAGAAAAUGUAAUGGAACUCCAAAGAAAAUUAAUAAAAGAGGAAAAUUUUCAGGUAGAGCAAGAGGAGAAACUUUCCAAAGUGGAAGAAAAGAUCAGCCAUACAACUAAAUUACUGGAGACCUAUAGAAAUCGAGCCAAAGAUCUUGAAGAAGAAUUCGAGAGAACCAUUCAUUUUUAUCAGGGACGUGUUAUGUACUAUGAGAAAAAAGCACACGGUAAUGAGUUGGCAGCUCAAAGUGCUGAAAGAUACCUCAAUGAUUUAAGGGAACAAAAUGCUCACAACAAACAAAAAUUAACUGAAAUGGAAUUCAAGUUUAAAUUGCUGAAAAAAGAUCAAUCUACACUUGAUGUUUCAAAUACAGCUUCUGGCAGAGAGCAUUCCUCAAAUGGUCCCUCACCAUUGGGUCAACCUUCAUCUGAAGUGAGAGAUUCUCUUUUGGAAAAGAAGGGUCCUCUCAGACUCUCUCCUUUGGUGCCAGUGAGAGAAAGAAGGGGCUCAAGGGGCCCAGAGAAUUCUCCGGACCAUCUAACUAGCAAUGAAAGAAGAGAAGCAAAUGAUAUGUUAACUGAUCCUCAGAGAGCACCUUCUGACACUGGGCCCCUGGCACCUCUAUGUCAACAGGCUCAUAGGAUAAUGAUCCCUCCACCAGGCCAACCAUAUUCUGAUCUACAGCUUCCUACAAGGCAAGGUGGAUGUUAUUCUAAUUAUGGUAGACAAUCUGGAUCAGCAGAUUUCAAAAGUUCCACUAUGAUGUCUUUGGAUCAAAUGGAUGGGCCUUUAUCUUCAGACAUGGAAUCCAGUAGAAAUGAUACCAAAGUCGCUUUUGGUGAUUCCAAUGUGCCUGAUUCAUCUCUCCCUGCUGAAAAUGAAGCAACUGGCUCUGGCUUUGCUUUCUCACCUUUCCCUCCAAUUAGACAUCCAUUGUUUCCAGUGGAACCAAGUAGUCAGUUCAUGAGAAGAGGAAAUUUUUUCCCUCCACCUCCUCCAGGAAACAUGUAUGGAGCAUCUCAAGAAUAUUUUCCACUGGGCCUACCACCCCCUCCAUUCUCAAAGGGACCAUGGUGUUUUCCUCAUUAUCUCCCCCCACCUCCCACCCACACAUUCUGA